CCCGCCAGCCAGUAUGCGCCCCAACGACGCCCGACUGGCACUACAUAUACCAAGGCUGCUCUGGACACGACCCACCUUGACACCCCCGGUUCACACUUUUCCAUCGCCUACUGCAAAGCGAACCACGCAUACAACAAUGUCCCUCCCUGCCGGCCUCAACAUCACCCUCCCCAUCCCCAAGGGCGGUGAGACCAUCCUCACCCCCGACGCCCUCAAGUUCCUCACCAUCCUCCACCGCACUUUCGACAAGCGCCGCCGCGAGCUUCUCGAGAACCGCAAGAAGGUCCAGGCCGAGCUUGACAAGGGCAAGCCCCUCACCUUCCUGCCCGAGACCAAGGCCAUCCGCGACGAGGUCUCAUGGCACUGUGCUCCCCCCGGCCCCGGUCUCGAGGACCGCAGGGUUGAGAUUACCGGUCCCACCGACCGCAAGAUGGUGAUCAACGCCCUCAACUCGGGUGCCAAGACGUUCAUGGCCGACUUUGAGGACUCGAACUCGCCCACAUGGUCCAACAUGGUCCUCGGCCAGGUCAACCUCCGCGACGCCAACCGCCGCGAGAUUGACUUUGCCAUCAACGGCAAGGAGUACAAGCUCGUCGAGAACCCCGCUGUCCUCCUCGUCCGCCCCCGUGGCUGGCACCUCGAGGAGACCCGUGUCAUCAUUGACGGCCUCCCCAUCUCGGGCUCGCUCUUCGACUUUGGUCUCUACUUUUUCCACAACGCCGCCGAGCUCAUCAAGCGCGGCUACGGCCCCUACUUCUACCUCCCCAAGAUGGAGCACCACCUCGAGGCCCGUCUCUGGAACGACGUCUUCCACCUCUCCACCUCGUACCUCCGCCUCCCCCAGGGCAAGAUCCGCGCCACCGUCCUCAUCGAGACCCUCCCCGCCUCGUACCAGAUGGAGGAGAUCCUCUUCGAGCUCAAGGAGCACUCGUCGGGCCUCAACUGUGGUCGCUGGGACUACAUCUUCUCGUUCAUCAAGCGCCAGCGUGCUUGGAAGUCGGCCGUCUUCCCCGACCGUACCGACGUCACCAUGACCGUCCCCUUCAUGGACGCCUACGUCCGCCUCCUCAUCCAGACCUGCCACAAGCGCAAGGUCGCCGCCAUGGGCGGCAUGUCGGCUCAGAUCCCCAUCAAGAACGACGCCGCCGCCAACGAGAAGGCCAUGGCCAAGGUCCGCGCCGACAAGCUCCGCGAGGUCACCGCCGGCCACGACGGCACCUGGGUCGCCCACCCCGCCCUCGUCAAGAUUGCCAUGGACAUCUUCAACGAGAACAUGCUCGGCCCCAACCAGUACUACGUCCGUCGUGAGGACGUCCACGUCGCUCCCAAGCAGAUCUCGGACCCCAAGGUCCCCGGUGCUAUCACGGAGCACGGUGUCCGCGAGAACAUCUCGGCCGCUCUCUCGUACUGUGCCGCCUGGAUCUCUGGAAAUGGCUGUGUCCCGAUCAACUGGCUCAUGGAAGAUGCAGCGACCGCGGAGAUCGCUCGUGUCCAGCUGUGGCAGUGGGUCAAGUACGGUGCCAAGACCAACACUGGCAAGACGAUCACGGCGGCGUACCUCAAGCCCAUCUUCGACGAGGAGGCCCGCGAGGUUGCCAAGAUCCCCGGCGUCUCGGCCAAGAACGUCGAGAUUGCGCGCAACUACAUGGAGAGCCAGGUCAAGGCCCAGUGGCCUUCCGAGUUCCUCACGUCCGACCUCCAGGGACACCUCGAGGGCGGCGCUGUCGUGCCCAAGGCCGGCCUGUAAAAGAGCGAAACGACGUUAAAAGGCACCUCAGCAGUUGUGACUUGUAUGUAAUAGCGCCAAUGCAUUGUCUCGGUAUUGUGAA